AUGGCCGACGUGGCGGACGCGGAAGCGGCCGCCGCGGCCGCCCGCGCGGCGGUGCUCCGGAACGACGAGGACGCGCUGCAGCAGGCGGAGGACGCCAGGCAGGCGCUGCAGGCGAACGGCGGCGAGGCAGACUUUCUCGCCUGGUUAGUCACAACCUUGCGGCAAGGCCGCAGGUAUGCAGACGCCUUGCGUUUUGCAAGACGACAGCUGGAGCUUUGGAGGGAAGCACAAGCACUCCCAGAGGUAGCACAGACCCUGUGUAACAUCGGCGAGCUUUGCGUCGCCUUGGAUCAGGUGGCAGAAGCCACUGAAGCGGGCAGCGCAGCAGAAUCCAUCUUCAAGCGUUUGAAGGAUCACCGUGGGGAAGCGCGCGUUUUGCUUCACAUUGUGGCCAAAGUCGAGCUGCUUAAAGGCCAGCCCGAUGUUGCCCAGCUGGCAGCCAAGCAGGCAGCAUCGCUGUCGCGAGCCGGCGGCGACGCUUUGGGUGAAGCCAACGCGCUGAGAACCUUGGCUGAGCAGCACGUGUCAGCCGGAGAGCACGGCGAAGCCCUUCAAGUUCUCGGGGAGGCGGCCGUGCGCUUUAGGAAGGCCAACGAGGAGGUGCUGCUGGCAGAGAUGCUCAUAGCUGCUGUGGGCGUGCACCUGGACGUCGGGCGCCUGUCGCAAGCGCGCAAAGCAGCCGAUGCAGCCUUGGCGGUGUGCCGCAGGCUGAAGGCCGGCGAAGCGCAGCUGGCUGCUUGCCUUUGUUCCUCUGCCAGGGCACACUUGGCGGACGGAGAUGUUCGAAGUUGGUCCGCCGCGUCGGAAGAGGCGAAGGAGGCGCGGGAGAUCAGUGCCCAGAUUCAGGACGUGCAGGGGGAGACUGCGGCCAAGCUGUUGUUGGCUGAUGCGCUUAUGGUUGGCGGGAAGCUUCAGGAGGCAUACUGGCACUUGUCAAAUUUGGCAAGCGAACGGAGAGCCUGCGGAGACGUUGAGGGAGAGGCUACAGCGCUGUACCACUGUUUCCGGGCUCUUCGAGAUGCCGCGAGCACCGAGGCGGCCAUUGGCACAUUGCAUCAAGCUUUGAACCUCUACUGGAGCCUGUCAGACGGGUCUGGGGCCACCAAGUGUUUGUACGCUUUGGCGCAGCUCCACCUGUCCAGCGGAGAUGCUCCAGCGGCUCUGAAAGCCCUGGCAGAAGUCCUUGGCAUGGUGAGGCGGUAUCGGCGCAAGCAGCGCAUGGAGGCGUUGGUGCUACAGUUGGCUGCCAAGGCAAUGCUGGCUGUGCCGGCAGCCGAGGUUCAGGUGGGCGUGCGAUGUGGCUUCGCGAGUCGGCAUUUUGCCGCCAAAUCUUGGGACGGCGGGGAGAUAAAGCCGGACACAGAAGUUCACCAGGCGAAGGGCAAAGGCAAGGGGCCGAAGGGCCCUGCGCCAAAGAGCAAGGGCAAGGGCGGCAAGGGGAAAGAUGAGUCACAGGCAACACCAGCUCCAGCAUGGCAGAAGCCGGACCUCUCAGCGGAAUGGCAAGCCGAGCGAGUUGUGAAUUGGCAGCCAAUCCGGCAGACCAGCAGACUGGAAGGCUCUGUGUGGGAGCAGGUGCAUGACUCACUGGACAGCGGGGCCGCCAAAUUGCCGGAAGAGCUGCUGGGCCGCUUCAUGCGCAAGGUCUCAGAGGCACAGGCGCAGGCUCCGAAGGCAAGCGACCCUGCUGUGAAGAAGGCUACCAAGAAGCGGUUGCUGUCUGGCAAUCAGGCGCUCGUGGCGGACAUUCAUCAUGCGUUGCUGACCAGGAAGGGCAUCCGCAAGGCGAGCGAUUUGCAAUGGCUCUUGGGCACAGUCAAGGGAGAGGACAGCUCGGAUCACGCUUUGGGCGAGGAUCUGCUCGAAGCCUUCGUAGGUUUGCUUGGCGCAGCUGUGGGAGAGGAGCGCAGCCUUACAUCCCCUGCAGCGCUGAAGGACGGUGCCCCUUCGGAGCUCUUCCUCAGGCAGUUGUUGGAGCAAGUGCCGCUGCAAGAGCUGCAGGCGAGAGUGGAGCUCAAUCUGAACCUGCUGCGCUUCCCUACCAAGGCAUCUCUCUUGGACAGUGGGCUUGAUUUGGCUCUGACCGCAGCUUGGACAAUCAUUGACUCCAAAGCUAUGCCCGUCCUAUUGGAGGGCAUCCUUCUGCUAGGAAACUCGGUGAAUGCCGGCUCCAAGAAUUUGGGGGGCGCUGUGGGCGUGACUCUGGAAUCCUUGACCAAGCUGGCUCACACACGAUGCCUGCCGCCGAAGGCGCCCAAGGCGAAAGCCGGCAAACGCAGGUCAUCUCGAAACGAGAGCGCCCUCGAGGUCCUGGCCUUGCACUUGGACGAGGCCAAUGAAGGUUUUGUCAACAACCUAGCAGCAGACCUGGAUGCUUGCCACACAGCACGGGAAUUCGACCACAAGAUCAUGGACAGUCUUCUCAAGGAGCUCGACGCAUCCCUGGUGCCAGUGAAGAAGCGUGUGAAGGAGAAGGAGGAGCGAGAGGUGCCAUGCCUCUCUGUGCCCAGGCUCACUGGCUUCCUGGCGGAGGCAGAUCCGCGGAUUCGACAGCUGCAGGGCAAGCUAGAUGAGAUAGACGAGGCCACAGCAAGCCUGCGGCUUUGGUUUGCAGAGCCUGCCAGCAGCUCCCUGCAUGACAUGCUCAAGGCCCUGGCAAAUCUCAGGGAGCUAUUGCCAGCGCCUAAACCAGAUGCCAGCCCCUGCGAUCGGGACUACCGACAAAGCGCUACGAGGAGGCGAAGGCUGGAGCGGAAGGCGGAAAUGGAGGCGAACAAGGCGAAUGAGCCCAUCCCCGAGCCAGAGCUGGCGCCAGAGCCAACGGCGCCCGAGCCCGCUGCGGGCACCAGUGUUCAAGCAGAGGAUGAGACCGAGAAGAAGGAGGAGCCUCCAGCUCCCGAGUGCGGAGCCGCCACGGGAGCUGGAGAUGCACCCGGACACCCACUGACCGGUCAGGUUUGCGAAGUUGCGCCACCUUCCGGCGUUCUGGCACAGAUCCUCUCUUUCUGCAAGGGCACGAUUUGGAUCUCCUGGCUUUUUGACUGGGCGGAAGUGCGUCGAGGUUUCGCUGAUGCGACGCCAGCAUUUGAGAUCUUGCAGUUCAACAGCCGCGACGGCACAGUGUUGUCGCCCACGGAUAUGAUCUCAAGGCCAGCGUCCACCAGGUGGCGGUGCAGGAGUCCGCCCUUCAAAACCGAUGUCCCUCUGGGCAGUCACUAUGUCUUCGGUGUUCGUGCUAUCCUGCUUCCUGGGCUGGAUGAUGGCGCUGAGUUUCUAUGGGCAUCGCCGGUGUCUUUGCCAGCUGCUGUGGACCUGAGAUACUCCACCAGCGCGCCAGCAGCUGGAGUACAAAGCACGCCGCAAGUUCAUGAAGAGAAAUCGCCACAAAGCUCACCCCGCCGCGGCAGGGUGGCGACUGGCUUGGGCGACUUCAUCCAUUCACUUCAAUCCGGAGGCUCGCCAACACGGAACAGCCUGCGCGUUCCUGCCCCUGCAGGCUCCGUGUCAAACGCUGAGCAAAGAAGAGUGGCGGACUCAAAGGAAACCGCCGCGCAGCCGGAACAAAGCCCGGGCAACCGGGGGCCAGCUGUGAUGGAGAAGGAAACCGCCGCGCAGCCGGAACAAAGCCUGGGCAACCGGGAGCCAGCUGUGAUGGAGAAGGAAACCGCCGUGCAGCCGGAACAAAGCCCGGGCAACCGGGGGCCAGCUGUGAUGGAGAAGGAAACCGCCGCGCAGCCGGAACAAAGCCCGGGCAACCAGGAGCCAGCUGUGAUGGAGAAGGAAACCGCCGCCCAGCCGGAGCAGAGCCCGGCGGAGCGGAGCCCAUCGUCUCCAUCUGACUCCAAGUGGAGCUCUGAGGCCAAUUUCUCAGAUUUCGACGACGAUUCCUUGGCUCGAUUGGCACACUUGUUCCGAUCUUCCCUUCCCAGGACAGGCGGCGAAGACUCCCUGCCACUGGGCCAGGUCAGCCACCGGGACGAUGGCCCCGAUGGCCCCGGCAUGGACGAUGCCUUCAGAGUGCCAAGGGCCCCAAGCCAAGCCGAGUUUGGCGAGCCGCCCGGCGAGCCGCCCGGCGAGCCGCCUGAGCCUUUCGGCGUGGGGGCAAGGGAAGCGGAGCCAAAGAAGUUCCAGCCCUAUCGCCUCAGCGUUCCCCGAGCAGCGUCAAUUUUCGAUGACCUGGACACACUGGAGAGCAUGGCAGACGUGCUGAGUAGCGUGCAAAGUGUUCAGCGGGGAGACUCCUACGAUGGCACAGGCAGCUUGGGAGGCGGAGCCACGGCACUGCAAGAGCUUUGUAAAGCUUUGUCUGACCCUCGUCGUCACGCCCUGACGCAAGAGCUGCUCCAAGCGGCUGAGCACUUCAACAAAGACCUGAAGAGCGGAUUGUGGGUGCCCGGCAAGUUUCUCGCGGCCAAAGUGGCGAGCGGCCUGGGAGGAGAGGAGGUCCGGAACUACAAAUGGUUCCCACAAGCCCAGCCCGGCUUCGUGACGGCGGAGGCCCCUCAGGAGCAGCAGAUGAAGGAUCGUAAGUUCGGUACCGCAGUGCCAUUUCAACGGAAGCCCUUCCCCUGGACCGGCGCCCAGGCAGCGAAGGCCGAGGCCGAGGCAGCGACGGAAACUCCGGUCAAGGAGGCACCACAGGAGGAACCUUCAAGCGCAGUAUUCUCCUGGAGUGAGGGACAGGCGCCUUCAGGCGUGGAUGGAUACUGGCGAUGCGGGGAUUGUGGCAUGAUCUUCACAGACCCACAAGAUGGCGCGCGGACUGGUGCUGAAAAUGACUUUGGCUGGCUUUGCCGUGCCUGCUGGCGCAGGUGGGUGGAUGACCACUUGCGGCGUGCUCACGCUGCGAAACAAGCAGGAGUCGACGGCGGCAAAGGCAGCGGGCGGAUUUCAUCUGCGCCAAAGCUGGAAAAGCCGCCUCCCCGGCCAGCUUUCCUUAGCCCGGAAGAGCUCCAGAGCUUGAGCCUCAUCGAGUUGUACAAAAGAGCAAGGGCUUGCGGUGCAGACUUUAAGCUCUUGAGCUUGGCCAUGGACAGUGAUGAUCCAAAGCGCGGCUUGUUGCAGCUGCUUGUGCCAGAAGGGCGUGCGGGCCAGCUCCUAAUGCGCUUCAGGGCUGCGGGCCAGCAGCUAGAGGCUCUGAAGCAGGCUCUGAGGCUUGACAGGCGCCUGUUCCACGCGACAGACAGCCAGCGCUGGAGCUUGAAGCGAAGGCCUGUUGCCAGCGGAGAGGCAGGCGCUUAG